AUCCUCCUCCUCCUCAUCCACCCCAUCAACAAAAUGGCUGUGGCAGUGGCUGCCUCUGCGCAUGCUCACAGCACACCUCCGGCAGGUAUGUGCGCUCGUGCAAGCUUUCCCGGUUCAUCAGACUCCAGCAUGAGGCGGCAGCAGGUUCGUGGAGACACCCACUGAUCCGAGGCUAACACGUUCAAACUCGGCUGCAGCAGCUCGGGGACUCCGCGCGGUACCCCAAUCCGGAUCAAGUUUGUGAUUUUUGUUCACGUUCUCCAGCGGAGAGAGGAAAACUCUCGGGAGCUCAAACCUGGAAUUUACGCACGGCUGGUGCGCACAGGCCGACAAUCGGGAAGAGUUAUGGGAGAACUGGAAAUCUGAACCCCAAGAGUCCGAAGGACUGGACUAACUAGACGAGAAUAAUUGCAAUUCUUCUUCAUCCUCUCCGCUCAGGUGCUCACCAUGUUCCAACACAGUAAUAACAAGAAAUGUUUCACCAUAGAGUCUCUGGUGGGGAAGGAUGCGACCAGCCAUAGUGGCGGCGGCGGCGGCGGGGGCAGCUCCGGGGAUGAACCCAUCCGGCCCACUGCGCUCCGCUUCCCGGACUCUCUGCACCCGGCUUCAGCCACCGGGGUCUUUGGCUCCUGCUUCCAGGGGGGCAGCGGGAGGACUUUGUUCUCUGCCGGGCCGGACAUGAUGUUGCAGGAGACCGGGACACACACGCAGAGCCCCGGCGGGCUCCCGCUGCACCCGCUGCAGAUCCCCCCUCAGAGCUUCUUCAGCCCGCAGCAUCGGGACGCGCUCAGCUUCUAUCCGUGGGUGCUGCGGAGCCGCUUCCUGGGACAUCGCUUCCAAGGAGAGGACAGCAGUCCAGAGAACCUGUUGCUUCACGGCCCAUUCUCCAGAAAGCCCAAACGGAUCCGAACGGCUUUUUCACCUUCCCAGCUUCUGCGCUUGGAGCGAGCUUUUGAAAAAAACCAUUACGUAGUCGGAGCUGAGAGGAAGCAACUGGCGAGUGGGCUGUGCUUGACUGAGACACAGGUAAAGGUGUGGUUUCAGAACCGCAGGACGAAGCACAAGCGGCAGAAGUUGGAGGAAGAGUCUCCUGAAGCUCAGCAGAAGAGGAAGGGCAGCCAACACGUCAGCCGCUGGAGAGCAGCGACGCAGCAGGCCGGCAGCGAGGAUGUGGAUGUCAUCAGCGACGAUUAGACUACAGUUGUCUCGACGCCAUCUCAUAUAUACACACACAAAACACAUCUUUUAAAAAAGUAAAUAAAAGCAUUAAAAUUAAGGAAUUGAGACCUGUGACUUCUAGUCAAAAACAAGGUUUAACCCUUUUCACUGCACGCCUACACACACACUGCAGAGUAAAACCAAACACAUGUAUGAACACGCACACACACACGUACAUAUAGACAUAGAUGGCUUUUCUUGCUAUGGACUGACAGAUGGACAAUGAACCUGUCUGUUCUGGACAAUGGAAAAGGAAAAGAAGAACUGAGGGUUGUUUUGUUGUUUUCUUAGGAAAAAAGAAAACUUUCUGUCAGAUUUGGACUGACAAGGCUUCGAUGCUUCCAAGAGGCAAAAGAAGAUGACAAACUGACUUUGGUUCUGGUGCCAAACAAAGACUGUGUCCUGAAACUUAAACAGAAAAAAAGACUUUCAAAGCUGCUGGGCUGCAGGUUUCUGAACCAGCUCGCAGGCAUUCUGAGAGAAACGAUGUUCCUUCAACAGAGAGGAAGGAACUGUCCUGGAGUUUGUUCAAAAGCAUUAGUCUGUGAGAUUCUUGAUAAUCCAGACUGAAGCUAUUCGAGGCAAAGCUGCUUCCAAAACCCUCAAACUGAAAGAUUUUGAGUCUAUUGCUUUCCCCUCAAUUUUCAAUAAGGAAUCGAGACAAUUAGAUGUGACGGAUGAUAGCUUUGCUCAAAACUUAUUGCAAAAAUAAAUAAAGUCAGCUAAAAAUUUUUGGAAGUUUGUAUUUUCCUGUCUUGUGUUCCCAUGUGCAGUUAAAGUAAAGCUGAUACAGACAGGACUCCUUCACACUGGAUGAAGACCCUGCAAAUUUUUAAGAAGCCUGAAAAAAUGUAGAUGGGUCUUUUGCACGUUUUUAGAUGGUAAUUAGGAAUCAAUGUCCUCCCGCAUUACAGAUAUUAAAUCAUGAAAGUUCUCUGAGGGUUUCAAGGAUGCGUAAAACUUCCUUAUCAAAGUGGUUUCUCAGUAAGACAACAGCAGCAAUAGUAACGGUGUUAGUCUGAGGUGGUAGGAUCAUUGUAGGAGGGUCCUGAACUCGCACCAUGAAUGCAGGAUAUGAGUUCAGCUGCUUAGUCAGUAGUAAGAGUGAACCAUCGCCCCACACUGAACGAGGUUCUCCAAAUUUGCUACAUUCCAACCAUAUUCUUGUAAACCAAAAAAAAAACAUUAAUGGCUCUUCAUUUCAUGAAGAAAGUAAACUAAAAUGGAUCUGCACAAACUUGUAUAAAAUACACUGAGCAACACUGACAGAUGACUUUUCAAUUACAUUCACUCUAAACCCCGAACUUGGAGAACCUGGUAUCUCCUCUCAGUGUCGACUCAGCUGUUAAUUUCUGAAUGCAAAAUCCGAGCUGAGCUGAAAUUUUUAGGCUUGCUGUUGCAUCCUGUCUCAAAAUCCUGUGGAUUGUUCAGCUUCCUUUAUGUAGAACUAAUUCAGCAGCUUUUGUUUUCCUCACCAACAGAAAAAAAUCUGGAAUGCCAAUAUUUGUUUGAGGUAAUUAUGUGGACAAAACCUGACUUACAAAAAUUAUGCACAAAACAAAAAAAGAAAAAAA